CUGUUCCAAUUGGUAUUCUUUUAUUAUCUUUGUUAUUGUUUGGCCCCAUUUACCGAGCCCUCACCAGAAAAUGUUCGGAAAAUGUUCGCCUGGAUGGGAAAACCGUCGUCGUGACGGGAGCGAGCGCUGGUCUUGGCAAGGCGACGGCGCUGGAGCUCGCCAAGAGAGGCGCUCGUGUUAUCAUGGGCUGCAGGAACCUUACCAAGGCGCAACCUGUCGCAGACGACAUCAUAUCGAAGAGCGGCAACACGAAUGUGGUGGUUCGCCACUUGGAGCUCUCGGAUUUUGCGUCAGUGCGCAAGUUUGCCGCGCAGAUCAACGCGGAGGAAGAAGCUCUGCAUAUUUUGAUCAACAACGCCGGCAUUGCCGGAACCAAGAAUAAAGAGGUGGCCUCCUGCGGACAUGAACUCGUACUCGCAACCAACCAUUACGGACACUUCCUUCUUACUCAUCUGCUUAUGGGCAAACUGAAAGCCGGAACAUCAAGUCGAGUGAUCAACGUUUCCUCGGCUCUGCAUGCAGACGGUCAGUUGGACAUCGAAGACCUGAAUUUCGACAGACGUCGCUACCGCUUCGAGCACGCGUAUUCGCAGUCCAAGCUCGCAAACGUCCUCUUCACCAAAGAACUUGCAAGACGUCUGAAGGGAUCAGGGGUGGUAACAAACGUCCUACAUCCCGGUUCAGUCAACACAGAAGUUCUGAGGCGACCUAAUCAAGCUUUAAGCGUGUUCUUGUUUGGCAGGUUUAUAAGCCCUAUUAUAUUUAGGACUGAAACGCAGGGAGCACAAACGCAGCUAUACCUGGCCUUGUCCGAGGAAGGUGGAUGCGAAAGUGGCUGCUACUACGUUAAUUGCCGGAAAGCGCGUUCGUCGCGCGAAUCGUGCGACUCUGAUCUAGCGAAGAAGCUGUGGGAAGUGUCGUGCAAAAACGUGCAUCUCGAGCCCGCGGAAAUGAUUCCUGACUCAAGACUGGACUCUAGCAGCUCAGAGAAUCCCAGAGACGCGUCACAGAGGAGAAGGAUCGGGCACUCUGAUUUUACGUAAGAUCAGAUGGACGAACACAGGAAUAUUUUUUAAUCUCGCUGGAAUAAAUUUGUUCACUAACAUGGACCUUGAUGAUGAAAUUUUGUCAGUCGAGAGUGAUAGAUUCGCCAUGUUAUAAUUUUAAAAUA